UUCGAGCUAUUUUACAGUAUCUGUAACGGUCAAAACAUGUGAAAAAACUAUUAAAUAGUCUUAUAUAAGUCAAUUUUGUUACUUUAAACGGUCAAAAAUCCAUACGUACUUAUUUAUCUGCACUGUAAUAUCAGGAGAAUGAAUGAGUUUGAGGGGGAAGAGUACAGCUACAGAAGAGACUUGUCCAACGGGUCUCUGGUCCCCUUACACCACACCCAUGAAAGUCCUAGAAUGGCCAAUCUCUUCAGUCAUGGGAUGCAUCCAGGAAUGAGAUACUCCAGGAUGGAAGAAUCUGUGCGGGAGGACGACUACACCACCUACAGGAUUCUUCAUCCGCUAACAUAUGAUCCUUUGCCUCCAGUAGCCCAACAUGGCUCGGCGUCUUAUUCUGAAUACUUACUUGCUCCCUCAAGCCAUUAUCAACAUGCACUACUAGGCCAACCAUACAGCUCCAUUAGGAGCCCAUGGCCAUCUCAGGAGGCUUUUCAGUAUGGCAUGUCAUCAGCAGAGAUCUGUCGAGGUGUCAAUACUAUCAGCUCUGAAUCUGUUGGUGCAGAUCAUUACAGCAUGGAGGGUUAUUCUACACACCAAGGAUUCAGACAUGCUAAUAGAAAUCGGUCUCAUGCUCUUCUUGUGUCACCUCAUGACCAGCACAAAAUGGGGAAGAAGUUUCCAGUUCAGACGUCCAAUAUUUGUCAGAUGUUACAGCCCAUGCAGGUUAUGUGUGAUGUGAGCUGUGGAGGGCAGGUUGUCGUGUUGAACCAUUGCAGUCCUGAUCAGAUUCCUCACUCUAUGAUGACUGAUCUCAGCACAGAGUCUCUGUCUAAGCUGUCAGUCCAGAGCUGCUCUACUGAGGACCAGUUACCUCAUGGAAAAGCAUCAGAUAGCAGACAUUCAGAGAAAGAUGUGUUCACUGGGCUGCCUCAGACCCACAAGACAUCUGCAGGUGUGACGUUCAACCUCACGCCAGGACCUUAUGCUUCACAGCUGCAUCAGACGCUUUGCUCUACUGCGACUGUAGAACAGGAAGUGGAGGGUCACACUAAAGGACGUGGACGUGUGAAGUGGGAAAAAUCAAAGAGGCCCUGCAACUGUACAAAAUCUCAGUGUCUGAAACUUUAUUGUGAAUGUUUUGCAAACGGAGAGGUCUGCAACAACUGCAAAUGCGUAAACUGCUUCAAUAAUACUGAGCAUGAUAUCGAGAGAUCCCAGGCUAUAAAGACCUGUCUGGAGAGGAAUCCAGGGGCUUUUCGGCCUAAGAUUGGCAGUAGGAAGCAGGGGAAUGUAAAGAGGCGUCACACAAAAGGCUGUAACUGCAAGCGUUCAGGCUGCCUGAAGAACUACUGUGAGUGUUAUGAGGCCAAAAUCAUGUGCACAUCCACCUGUAAGUGUGUGGGCUGCCGAAACUAUGAGGAAAGCCCUUUGAAGAAGAGAUCAGAGCGGGACAGGCCUGACUCCAGCAUCUACUACCCAACCAGGUGUCCUCUGGCGUGCAUCACGCCCGAUGUAGUGGAAGCCACAUGCGGCUGUCUCCUCACCCAAGCUGAAGAGGCAGAGAAGGAAGGGUACACUUCAGCUCACGCUGAGAGAAUGAUUUUAGAGGAGUUCGGCCAGUGCCUGACGCAGAUCGUCCGAUCGAUAUUCAAAUCCACCAACGUGCAAUUCAAUGUGUAGCUCGGGAACAAAUGCUCAGUGUUGUGAUCGAUCCAGAUGUGAUUUAAAAUGGUAAACAACAAGUGUUUCGGUUUUUUUGUUUCCUUUAAAUGUUUAGAGAUGCUUUAAAACUCACAUCCUCAUGACUUUAAUAACAUAUUUUAUUUAUUUAUUUAUAUUUAUUUAUUUAUUUAAAUACAAAUGCCGUAAUUUAAAUAUUAUAAAAAUGACUAUUUUUUUCCAUUUAUUUCUUUAUUUCCAUUCAUACCCAC